AUGUUCCAAAGUAAAGAAUACAUUGAGCGUAGACACGGAAGAACAGGUACAGAUAGAGCCUACUUCUUAAGUCAAUUAGUACAAGAAUAUAACACGACUAAAAGUCAAGAAGCAAAGCAACAAGUGCUUGCCAAUUUAGCUAACUUUGCUUAUGAUCCUAUUAAUUACGAUACGCUUUGGGGUCUUAGAGUAAUCGAUUUAUUUCUAAAUGCACUAACUGAUAAUGAUCCGUUAAUUCAAGAAUUUGGAAUGGGUGGUCUUGCAAAUAUUUGUUUAGAUCCACAUCAUCAUGAAUAUAUAAUGUCACAGCCAAUGUAUAGAAAUAACAUUAUUCAAUGUUUGAGUUCCUCAAAUUCAACAAAAAUAAAAAUUAAUGCCAUGACGACUUUAAUGCAACUUAUUACAGCUGAAAAUUAUCAUGUGAUUUUGACAGCUGAGUUGGAAGAAUAUUUAUUACAAAUUAAAGAUGAUCAUCAACAUAAACAAGCUAGUAGAAUGGCUGCUUUGUUUCUUAUAGAUUAUUAUCAUCGCAGUAUUUUUUAA